GGUCCGCCGAGAUGUCCACGGCACAGGCCACAGCAGAGCAGCACACGCACACGCACUCGCACUCGCACUCGCGAACUCGCCUCCUGUGCCUGCGUGAGUUGUGGUGUGGUCGAGACUCGAGACACACACACACACUACUCCAUACAUGCACGCGAGCCUCGCCUCCUACGCAGCGGCAGCUAUGCCGGCGCUCGACCUCCGCCCCGAGAUGGCGCACGCCCACCAGCCCGUCAUGUCGCCGUCGCACCACGGCUGGGACGGCAAUGGCGCCGCAGUCGUGCCCACUCCUAUGCCCAAGAGACUGGACGGGAAGGUGGCCAUUGUGACGGGCGGCGCGAGGGGCAUCGGCGAGGCCAUCGUGAGGCUGUUCGUGAAGCACGGGGCCCGGGUGGUGAUCGCGGACAUCGACGACGCCGCCGGGGAGGCGCUGGCGUCGGCGCUGGGCCCGCAGGUCAGCUUCGUGCGCUGCGACGUGUCGGUGGAGGAGGACGUCGCGCGCGCCGUGGAGUGGGCGCUGUCGCGGCACGGCGGGCGUCUGGACGUCUACUGCAACAACGCCGGGGUGCUGGGCCGCCAGACGCGCGCCGCCAAGAGCAUCCUGUCCUUCGACGCGGGCGAGUUCGACCGCGUGCUCCGUGUCAACGCGCUGGGCGCCGCGCUCGGGAUGAAGCACGCGGCGCUCGCCAUGGCGCCGCGCCGCGCCGGCGGGAGCAUCGUCUCCGUCGCCAGCGUCGCGGGGGUGCUCGGCGGCCUGGGGCCACACGCCUACACCGCCUCCAAGCACGCCAUCGUGGGGCUCACCAAGAACGCGGCCUGCGAGCUCGGCGCGCACGGCAUCCGCGUCAACUGCGUGUCGCCCUUCGGCGUCGCCACGCCCAUGCUCAUCAACGCCUGGCGCCAGGGCCACGACGACGGCGCCGCCGACGCCGACCUCGACCUCGACAUCACCGUGCCCAGCGACGAGGAGGUGGAGAAGAUGGAGGAGGUGGUCAGGGGGCUGGCCACGCUCAAGGGCCCCACGCUGAGACCCAGGGACAUCGCCGAGGCGGUGCUCUUCCUGGCCAGCGACGAGUCAAGAUAUAUCUCCGGCCACAACCUCGUCGUGGACGGCGGCGUCACCACCUCCAGGAACCUGAUCGGCUUGUGAAUGUGAUCCGUUCCAUGGCUACGCACGCACUCUAAUUAGAGAAGGGAAAAAAAGAGUAGUUGUACUUGAAGUGAUCGAUUUCAUUUGGUUGAUUGAUUCAUCAACAAAAGUGUUGGGCUUGAUCAUCUGAUAGAUUAGCAUUGAUGCUGCUGCUGCUGCGUUUCAUCAGCAAUUGCAUUUGCAUAUCUCGAGCACUGAAUUGUCUGAUUUCUCCUGGUGGUCCUGCCACGUGAAUGAGGAACCAUUUGUUGGAUGAUUGAAUAAGGCCUUGUUUAGUUCGCAAAA